AUGGCAGCUUCUCACAACUCACUCCGGGAUCGUCAGAUCAGAUCAAUUGAGCGCAUGCUAAAUUUGAACCAUGACUCUCCCGAAUCUGCAAAUUCCCACGAUCAAACCUCACACACUGGAAUUGCGGUUCCAUCAGUACCAAUUCUAAAUGAAGAUGGGGAACCAAUAUGGAAAGUGUUGGUCUUCGAUGACUUAGGACGAGAUGUUAUCAGCAGUGUACUACGGGUCAGUGAUUUAAGAGCCUGGGGAGUUACAAUGCAUAUGCAUAUAUCAGCAAAUCGUCAUCCUAUUCCAGAUGUCCCAGUAUUAUAUUUAGUCGAACCUACUGAAGCAAACCUAAAGGGCAUCACCAGUGAUCUCUCCAGAGGUCUCUAUUCCCCUGCCUACAUCAACUUUCUCUCCUCGAUACCCCGCGCAUUACUAGAAGAUUUCGCAAAACAAACGGCAGAAGCUGGAACAUCCGAAAAUAUUGCUCAAUUCUAUGAUCAAUACCUCAAUUUCAUUGUGGGUGAACCAGAUUUGUUCAGUCUUGGUAUGAGAAAGGAGAAUACGUAUUGGGCAUUAAACAGCGCAAAGACAAAGGAUGAGGAAUUGGACAAUGUGGUUGAUAGGAUCGUCAGUGGACUUUUCAGUGUUAUGGUCACAAUGGGUGUCAUGCCGAUAAUUAGAUGUCCUCCUGGUGCAGCUGCAGAAAUGAUUUCUGCUAAGCUCGAUCGAAAAUUACGAGAUCACAUCCUCAAUUCGAAAGACAAUUUAUUCUCUGCCCCAAGCAAUCGACAAUCUACUACUGCGCCUUCUUCACGACCUGUUCUUAUUAUCCUUGAUCGAAAUGUUGAUUUAAUACCUAUGCUGUCGCAUUCUUGGACAUAUCAAUCACUCGUACACGAUGUUCUUAAAAUGAAGUUGAAUCGAAUUACCGUCGAGACACCAAUUGAUGAAGAGAAUCCGGCAAAGGGUACAACUAAGAAGGCAUACGAUUUAAAUGCAAACGAUUUCUUUUGGGCGAAAAAUUCUGCUGUACCAUUUCCACAGGUAGCGGAGGAUAUUGAUGCAGAAUUGAUGCGAUAUAAGGCCGAUGCAAAUGAUAUAACGAAGAAGACUGGAGCUUCUUCCAUAGAAGAUCUUCAAAAUGAUACGAGUGCUUCAGCACAACAUCUGAAAGCUGCCAUUACCUUACUUCCAGAAUUGAGGGAACGAAAAGCUGUGCUGGAUAUGCAUAUGAAUAUAUUAGCUGGACUUCUGACCGGCAUAAAGGACCGACAAUUAGACAACUUUUAUCAAAUGGAGGAAAACAUUAUGAAGCAAACGAAGGCACAAAUGCUUGAGGUGAUAAAUGAUCCGGAUAAAGGCAAAGAACCAACGGAUAAAUUGAGAUUGUUCAUCAUAUGGUACUUAAGUACCGAGCAAGAAAUUACAAGAGCAGAGAUGGACAAAUUUGAAGAGUCAUUGAAAGCUGCAGGUGCUGAUACUACAUCUCUGUCAUAUGUCAAACAAGUUCGUACCACAACCCGUAUGACCAUGCUCACCACGGCCCCUACACCCGCUUCUCAACCACCAAGUACAUCCGGUGAUCUUUUCCGUGGUCUUUCUUCCAUUUCCUCCCGCCUCACCACGUCCCUCAAAGAAACUGGUAUCACUACCAAUUUUGAUAAUAUCAUUUCUGGAGUGAAGAAUUUCCUCCCCGCAAAUCGCGAUCUUACUGUUACAAAAAUUACAGAAUCUAUCAUGGAUCCUUCAUCAGCUUCUAGCUCCGCUAUUGCAAAAACCGAAGAUUAUCUCUACUUUGAUCCUAGAUCGGCAAAUGCAAGAGGUACCGUACCUCCAGCUAGUGCAAGUAGAAGGAAUGAAAUGCCAGGUGGUCUAGCAGGGCCUGGUAUCACCCCAAGUUUUGGAAUGCGUAGACAAGGGUUUACUGAGGCGAUUGUUUUUACAGUUGGUGGAGGUAGUAUGGACGAGUAUGGUAAUUUGCAGGAGUGGGCGAGGAGGGUAAAUAAGGAGGGCGGAGGUAGUGGAAUUGGGAAGAGAAGAGUGGUUUAUGGAAGUACGGAGUUGGUUAAUGCGGAGGAGUUUUUGGGUGGGGAACUAAAGAUUUUGGGUGGUGAAUCUUCGUAG